GUAUUACAGAAGACUCUGUGUAGCUAUUUCCGAAGGGAAACGUUUCCUCGGUUCGAUCAAUCGCUAGACGAAGCACCAACGUGCAAACCCAAGCACAUCAACCUCCCCGUCGCCCGCCAUGGAGGCAGCAUCGACAGUGGCAUCGAUACUGUGGUAUCAACUGACCUUCAAGCCGAAGCCUCUGCCCGCCGAUGUCAAGCUCGACGGAAAGACAGCGAUAGUGACAGGCUCAAACGUCGGUCUUGGCUUCGAGGCCGCCAAGGAGCUCGCUGCCCACGGUCUUUCGCGCCUCAUCCUCGCCGUGCGGAGUCCAGCCAAGGGCGAAGAGGCCCGCGCCUCCAUCGUGAGCGCGAGCCCCAAGUGCAGCGUGGAAGUAUGGCAGCUGGAUCAGGAGUCGCCUGAGAGCAUCCUCGCGUUCGCGCGCAAGGCCCAGGGGCUCGACCGGCUCGACAUCCUGCUCCUGAAUGCCGGGAUGAAGCGGUUAGAUUACAGCAAGUCGCCCACCGGCCACGAGACACACGUACAGGUGAACUACCUAGGCCCCGCGCUCCUGUCGCUAAUCCUGCUCGACCCGCUCCGUCGCGCCUCGGCGCUGACCGGGACCCCGGCGCGCAUCACCUUCACGACGUCGAGCCUCGCGUUCCUGUCUCCGGUGCAGGACAUCGCGGCGCCGUCGUCGGCCGACCAGCAGAUCCUGCCGUGGCUCGACGACCCGGCGUCGUUCCAGCCGGGGCCCGGCCGCUACAGCCUGUCGAAGCUGCUGCUGAUCCUGUGGGCGCGCGAGCUCGCCGCGCACACGGACGCCAGCGAGAUCCUUGUGAAUAUGGUCAACCCCGGCUGGUGCAUGACUGAGUUCCACCGCGCCGACCCCAGCUCCGCCGCCGCCGGCAGGUACCUCGCGUGGAGCGCCGACGUGGGCGCCCGCUUCCUGACCGACGCUGUCGUGGCGCACCCGGACAGCCACGGGGCGUACCUGAGCGAGCAGGCAGUCAAGCCUUUUUCGAAAUUCGUGCUCUCGGCUGAAGGCCAGGCCGUGCAAAAGAAGCUCUGGAACGAAACCCUGGCUGCGUUAGAGGAGUACCCCGAGAGCAAAGUCUGGUAAGGACAUAAUAUUAUCGGUGUCAAGGUUACAUACAGUUGGUCACUCUUCUCCGUAUUUAAUGAGCCCCUUUAACGUCCAUUGCGCGGGCUUCAUUCUAGAGGGCACGAAGGAUAUGAUAUAGGGCUGCCGCUCGCUUGUCUGGCUUGGGUGCGGAACACACAUUUUCCGGAAGCCGUGGGGAACG